AUUUUUUGCCAGAGCACUGGUCGUAGUGGAUGUUUCGGGCCCGAGAGUGUUAUUUAGAAUUAUUUAAAUAAAGACAUCGAGUCUUUGGGUAGAAGGCAUCUCGAGUAGUGAUCAGUUAAUGAUAUCAUUAGAGCAUUCUGUUCAUUCUUCCUUGCCCCACCAACCUACCGAACUUCACAACAACUCCAUAACAUCAAGCACCAUGCCGAAGCUCACAGGCAAAGAUGUUGGCGAAGUAGGCUACGGCCUAAUGGGCCUCACGUGGCGCCCAAGCCCACCGUCGCAGGAGCAGAGCUUCGAAGCUAUGCACACUGCGCUCUCCCUCGGUGCCAACAAUUGGAAUGGCGGCGAACUCUACGGCAGUCCUGAACGCAAUUCUCUACACUUACUUAAUGAGUACUUCACCAAGUAUCCUAGCGACGCAGACAAAGUUGUGCUUUCGAUUAAAGGAGGGCUUGUGCCGGGUCAAAUGAAACCUGACGGCAGUAAGGCAGGUGUGCAGAGGAGCAUUGAUGAGUGCUUGAAGCAGCUGGAUGGGAAGAAGUUCCUUGAUUUGUUUGAAUGUGCGCGCGUCGAUCCUCAGGUCCCAAUUGACGAGACAGUCCGCUAUAUCGCAGAUUAUGUGAAGGCAGGCAAGCUAGGCGGCAUCAGUCUCUCGGAGGUCAGCGCCGCUUCGAUUCGCAAAGCGCAUACCGUGCACCCAAUAUCGGCUGUUGAGGUUGAAUUCUCGCUCUGGGCGACAGAUAUUCUCGAGAAUGGCGUUGCGGCGACGUGCGCAGAGCUUGGUAUCCCAAUCAUUGCCUACUCGCCUCUGGGGCGCGGCUUUCUUACGGGCAAAUACAAGAAGCACAGCGACCUAGAGUCUGACUCGAUACUGCAUCACUUCCCGCGCUUCCAGCCCGAUGUCUUCGACGAGAACAUCAAGCUUCUGAAUGCGGUUGAGGGUAUUGCAAAGGAGAAGGGCGUCACACCAGCGCAGAUAGCACUCGGCUGGAUACUCGCACAAAGCGGCACCAAGGGCCUGCCAACGAUCAUCCCAAUUCCCGGCGCUACGACGUCUGCGAAGAUCGAGGAAAAUGUGAAGCCGGCGAAGCUUGGGGAGGAGGAUAUGAAGGCGCUGAAAGAGAUUUUGAACAAGUUCCCAGUGGUAGGCGGGCGGUACCACGAGACUGCGCAGGCUUUGCUGUUCGCAUAGUGCUAGCAUAUAGCAGAUCUAUUGGCAAUGCAUGUCAGCAACGACGCAGGCAGAAUAGCAGGUGGACAUGUAGUUGAAAAGAUCGGAAAUCAGAGAUAGUGUAGUGUAUAGAGUACUCCGCA